GACUAGCGAGGCAGAAGGCGAGCACGGAGAAGGGCUUGAACACACCGUCGAGUUGAAGCACGUGCGGCCACGAUGCACGCAAUCAUAGAGUGGAGCACAGGGCCCACUUGUCGUUUCUGUCAGGGCAUGGCCGGGAGAAAUAGGGACGUUUGAGGUCGGAAAGGGUCGCAGGUCGAAAAUGAACAGGAACAGGCAGGCAUGCGACAUCGGGCCAGGGUUAGUGUAGCGGGCGGAGAUGUAGCGAACGGAGAUAUUGAAUGCUUGUCGGUUGAGGGCAAGCACAGCAGCAGAGUAUUGGGUACCUAGGCCCAAGACCGUUGGUUUCUCCGAGGGCGGUUUGUUGAGUUGAGGAUACUCGGGAGAGGUCGCAAAGGAAGUGAACCAAUGGUGGGCCGGGAAGAAGGGCGAGUUUUCCCGCCGGUGUGUAGGCGUGCAGGCCGGCGGUGGAGCGGAGGAGAGAUGUGGUUCGGUGGUUGUUGAACGAAGAGGCAAGCAAGCAACUAGAGCGAGGUGGAUGGUUGCGGCAGAAGUGGAGAAGUCGAAGAAACAGACAAGCAGGCGUGUCGUCGUCGUCGUCGAGGCCAACGUCAUGAGGUGCAGCAUCGCAAAGCAUGCAUGCUGGCUGGAAGGAUGGCAAAUGGCACGGGCCAGGCCAGGCAUGAGUUCAUUCAUUCAUGUUCCCACCCACGCGACAGGGGGCCUUUUGUAUAGAUGGCAAACUGUACUCAGCAGCCAGCCAGCCAGCCAGUCAGUCAGUGGGUCCGAGUCUUGUUUGAUGGUUAGCAAGGCAUCGCUGGAGCUCAACAACAAGCGGAUGGUGGAAACAGGCGUGAGGGUACUGGAGCGCGGCAGGGUCGUCGUUCAAGGCGGGCCCUGGAAGCUGGGAAGCAAGCAGCCCACUCGGCGGUGCGGCGGGAUUGGCUGCGGCGGACAUGGGUGGGGGUGGGAUGGAUGA